UUGGUUAGUCCUCCAUCUUGGCUUUGGCUAGCGGAACGGCUAGCAGAGUCUGUCCGGAGAGGAUGAGGAGGAGCUGAACGGAACGGGACCCACUGCCCGACUCACAGAACCAGGAUCGUCCCCCUGACCUUACCCGAGACAGAGACCGGCAGGCGGAUCUGGACCCGCUCUGGACCGAGAAACACACACCCGGUUCUGCCGGGCUGCUAGCGAGCUAGCCGGGUUACCUUAGCCAGCAAAGAGGAACUGUUGCUCCGGGUCACUUCGGAUCGAUGUCGGUUAAAAACUGCCGGAAAAGAAGCCGAGCCGAGCUGAGCCGGGCCAGAUAACGCUCUGGUCCCGUAGCCAGGACUGGAGCCAGUGAUGCCGGGUGAAAACCUGCUGAUAAACGCGACCUGAAGCGAACGAAGCCCACAGACAGUCCGCUAAGUUUAGACAGGUGUUCAGGGGCGGACAGGCGGCUUCAUGACCGAACCUCUCUCACACUGACCCGGGUAACAUGUCCGCCAGGACCCCCCUGCCCACUGUCAACGAGCGGGACGCCGAGAAUCAUACUUCAGCGGAUGAUGGGCGUGGCGAGGCGUCCCGCUCCGUCCGCUCAGCUCGCUGUAAAACCUCGUCGUCCACCGCCGGAGACGAGACGCCGCACGUGGGAAACUACCGGCUGCUGAAAACCAUCGGGAAAGGAAACUUCGCUAAAGUCAAACUGGCUCGACACGUCCUGACGGGACGAGAGGUGGCCGUCAAAAUCAUCGACAAGACCCAGCUGAACCCCACCAGCCUGCAGAAGCUUUUCAGAGAAGUCAGAAUCAUGAAGAUCCUGAACCACCCCAACAUUGUGAAGCUGUUUGAGGUGAUAGAGACAGAGAAGACUCUGUACCUGGUGAUGGAGUAUGCCAGUGGAGGUGAAGUGUUCGACUACCUCGUAGCUCAUGGGAGGAUGAAGGAGAAGGAGGCCAGAGCUAAAUUUAGACAGAUUGUGUCUGCAGUUCAGUACUGUCAUCAGAAGCACAUAGUUCACCGUGACCUUAAGGCAGAGAACCUCCUCCUCGAUGCUGACAUGAAUAUUAAAAUAGCGGAUUUUGGGUUCAGUAAUGAGUUCACUGUCGGUGGGAAACUGGACACUUUCUGUGGCUCUCCUCCGUACGCUGCACCUGAGCUCUUCCAGGGUAAGAAGUAUGACGGUCCAGAGGUGGAUGUGUGGAGUCUGGGUGUGAUCCUCUACACUCUGGUCAGUGGAUCUCUGCCGUUUGACGGACAAAACCUCAAGGAGCUCAGAGAGCGAGUGCUGAGAGGUAAAUAUCGAAUCCCCUUCUACAUGUCGACUGACUGUGAGAACCUGCUGAAACGCUUCCUGGUGCUGAACCCGGGGAGACGGGGAACUCUGGAGCAAAUCAUGAAGGAUCGCUGGAUCAACGCCGGUUCUGAUGAAGAGGUGCUGAAGCCCUUCAUCGAGCCGGAACUGGACAUCAGGGACCAGAAGAGGAUCGACGUGAUGGUGGGGAUGGGUUACUCUAGAGAGGAGAUCAACGACUCGCUCGCCAAGAUGAAGUAUGAUGACAUCACAGCCACCUACCUGCUGCUGGGCUGCAGGGCUGCUGAGGUGGAGGUGAGUGACUCGUCAUCCUCCAGCUGCGUCUCUCUGCUCAAACCUCGACCCUCCAGCAGCGCUCAGUCUCCUGCUCACCUCCUCGUCCAGCGCUCCUCCUCCUCCUCCUCCAAACAGAGGAGGUACAGUGACCAAGUGUGUCCAGGCUCCUCGGCUCCGCACCCUAGGAGGAGUCAGACGGCGGCGGCGGCAGAGGGGGAGGUGAAGCAAGAGGCAGUAGGUCAGAGCAGGAAGUCCAGUCCUGUGGAGGGCGGCAGUCCUCUGGUGGGAAACGCCAACAACCCCAACAUGGCCGACAUCCCUGAGCGGAGGAAGACCGUGGCCACGCCCACUGGUGGCUCAUCCAGCAUGACGAGGAGGAACACGUACGUCUGCAUGGAGAGGAACUCGACAGACCGUCACUCUGUGGUCCACAAUGGCAAAGAGAACAGCUCGGCGACCACACCCACCCAGAGAUCUGUGGGCGGAGCUUCAACCCACAGCGUAAGCAGUGGAGCGACCCCUCCCGACCGGCUGCGUUUCCCUCGGGGGACGGCAAGUCGCAGCACCUUCCAUGGAGGUCAGCUCCGAGAGAGACGCACCGCCACCUACAACGGCCCCCCCGCCUCGCCCAGCCUGUCACAUGACGCAACACCCCUCGCCCAAUCACGAGCCAGGGGAUCCACCAACCUGUUCUCCAAACUCACCUCCAAACUCACACGAAGAGGGCCUUCAGAGGUUGAGAGAAACGGGAGACCUGAAGGGUCCAGUCGGAACGUAUCAGCUGAUCAGAAGGAGGAGCCUGGUUCCCCUGCGCCCCCUCACCUGAAGGACUCGAAGCCCCGCUCUUUGAGGUUCACCUGGAGCAUGAAGACCACGUCUUCCAUGGAGCCGCUGGACAUGAUGAGGGAGAUCAGGAAAGUUCUGGAUGCCAACAACUGUGACUACGAGCAGCGCGAGUGCUUCCUUCUGCUCUGCGUCCACGGAGACGGACACGCCGACAGCCUCGUCCAAUGGGAGAUGGAGGUGUGCAAACUGCCCCGCCUCUCGCUCAACGGAGUGCGAUUCAAACGAAUUUCAGGAACGUCCAUUGCCUUCAAGAACAUCGCCUCCAAGAUCGCCAACGAACUCAAACUGUAGAGACAGAGACAGAUGGACAGACAGGUGGAAAGAGAGAAGUAGACGGAGACAGGUGGACAUAGAGAGGUAG